UGUGUGUGUGUGUGUGUGUGUGUGUGUGUGUGUGUGUGUGUAUGUGUCUGCUUGGUACUGAGCCAUUCUCGAGCAUGUAAGCUGAUUAAAGGAAGGUGUGUUCAGCAGAAAACUUUAUACGUUGCACAGUGGAGUAGAGUAGCUACUACCUGACAACCAAGGCCAAGCACAACAGACUGCUUGUCAUGCAAUAACUAGAGCACUCAGUAAGACAUUAAAGAGAUAGGACAUGAAUGCACUACACACUAACUGGAUCGUUGCUGCUCUAAUCCUGCACCAGAUACCAUACACAUUUUUUUUUUGCAUAAACCCACAGAGGGGUAACAAAUUAAAAGAAAAACCAACAUAAAGUGUCAUAGUAAUCCUCCAGAACAGCUUCAGUGCUCUGUGGCAUAGAUUCUCCAAGUCUCUGAACACUACUGGAGGUAUUAACGCCAUGCUUCUGAAAGAUAUUCCCUCAUUUGGUGGUUUGAAGAUGGUGGAGGAGGGUUCUGUCUGACAUGUCACUCCAACGUUCCACAGAUGUGGUUAAUUGUUUUGAGAUGUGAGGAAUGUGAAGGCAAUAGCAUCUGAUUCAUACUCAUAUUUCUACUCAUUAAACCAUUUUUGACGGUCUGUUUUUGCAUGAUUCUUACAAAAUGCAUUGCUAUAGCACACGGUUUUUCAAUCUCUGAUUGCUAAUAGUUAAGUUGGCAUUAUAACUCAUAAAGUAGACAAAAAAAGUCCUGUCAUGUGAAUGCAAAUGCAAUUUGUCUAGAAAAAGAAGUUAAUGUUUUUAUUUAAUUUGUCUUUUCAUAAUUUCUUUUAAAAUGUGUGUUCCUUUCUGCUAGCUGUAACAUUGCAACACAGGUUGAAUGAGGUAUGAAAAGUCAGCAUAGCACUUAGCAUUUCAAAACAAUUCCACAGUAAAUGUCACAGUGAAUACAGAUGAUGAGUCAUUCCCUUGGUGAUAUUAUGGUAAGACAUUUCAUCUCCGCUGAGAUAUUGGGAUAUAAAAUGGGUGGCCAUGCUUUUUGUUGAACUCCGAUAAUCGCUCCAUUGUUCCCCUCUCCCCUCUUCUCUGCUUUCACUCAGAUUGACUGGCUGGAGGCCAAGCACCUGACUGCUCCAAAAAGUUUUACAUCAGCAGACUUGUCACCAUGGCAACAAAGCCUGUGGCCUGGCAGGAACAGGGUCCUGUCUACUCACUAGAUGAAUGGGUCAAUGAGUCCUGGGCACAGGGUGAAGUAAGUGCAACCAUAAGCCAAAGCUCCCCUCCGCAAGACAAAAAGGCUCCUAAAGCAGAACCUGAAGAGGACAUAGAUGUCCUGGAGCAUGGAGCGCCAGACAAAACUCUGGCAGAGAGCCAAAGGCUCUCCAGAACCGAAAGAGUUGAUGCAACCAAACUGGAAAAUCAGGACUCAACAAGAAUUUGCCUGUGCACCCCCAGGGAAACACAAGAAGUUGUGACAGAAUUAGAACAAGUUUGCAAAAAACUAUUGGAAGUAUUACAGGCUCAGGAGGAAUCUGAAAAGCCUGCUGGUGUAUGUGAGGAUGCUUUCCCACCACCACCUCCUCCCUUCAGUGACUUAUCAACAGACGAAUACUUUGAGAGAGAGGGUUUUUCCAGCCUGGAGGGCGAGGUGGCUGAGUGGAUCAGUGAUGUUGAGAUCAUCUCAGACCCUGCAGAAGAUCUUAUAUCUCCCAAUAAAGAAUGGGCAAAGACAACUCAGCUCACUGAGCUAAUUGAUCAAGAGGUAGAUUCAACAUCUGAGGAGAUGACAGAAGAUAACAUGGCAGCAGAGGAGAAUGACACACAGCUGCACUUUUUAUCAGAUGGUUUUGACAACAGUGAACGUGAAUAUAAUACAUCAGGGGCUGCUCACCAUUUUCCCUCCGACAGUAACAAUUCAGAAGAUGUUUAUGCUGUGCGCUCCCCUCCUUUUGCUGAUGAAAGUGAGGAAGAAGAGGAAGUGAGCAUGAAUAUUACAUCUUGCCAACAGCAAUGGGGUACAUUAGAUAUCAGAUGCAAGCCUUUCCAACCCUCAUAUUCUGCCAAUGUCUCUGUUUCCACUGAACAAGACCCCACCUCAGCCCUGCCUGCAGUUCCCUCAGCUGAACAGCAGGAUGAGCUAUUGCCCCAAAGUCAAUGUGGAUUUGCCCUCAGUGGAGCAAACCAGGAAGCUGCACAACAGGUGCGUGGCCGUGGCUCUCCACCUUUGUCGACCGUUGCCAUGGAGCUGUCCAAUCAGGGCGGGGCAGCUUCUCACGGCUUUGGUUGUGUUGUAUCUGUGAGAGAAAGGCACAGUAGGACAAGGGAAAGGACAGAGGCAGAAGGCAAGCAAACAGGUCGAGAGGAACGGCAGGAAGAGAGUGGACUUGAAAGGAGCAAGGAACAUGGCAGAGGACUGUUAAGAUAUUCAGAAACACUCCAAAUACAAGAGGCUAAGACAGAAAUAUAUAGCUGUGGUGUGUCUUUUAAAUACAGCAAACACAACAGAAUGGAGAAUGACUCGUGUGAUGAUAGCCAAAGUGACAGUGGAGUAUCAGCUGACUUCUCUCCAUGCAGCACUUUGGAGGGCAACUCCACCAUCUCUACAGGCACUCCAGCGACUGUAAGCAAAGAGACUCCGAUUGAGAGGGAGAUCCGACGGGCUAUAGAGCGUGAACACAGCCUGAGAAGGUCCAGAGGGCUUCGGAAUCCACCCACUUCCCCAGAGUAUGUAGAGAUUCCUUUAAGAAAAACUAUUCUUUGCCAGUCGCUCACUACUAAGUCUGAGAGAUGUCAAGGCAAAGACAGGCAGUUUGCAGGCAAAAAAAUGCAGCAUGAGAUCCUUGAGGAGGCCCAGAGGGAAGAGGAUCUGGUCAAGCUUGGGAAAGUUCCAGGUUUCUAUGACAAAGGCACAGUUCGCCAACUCAAAGAGAGGAAACAGCUUUUUGAGGCCUUUCAGAAACCCAGUGACUCAACUUUGAUUGUCUCAACCAGGAGUAAAACUGUGUCCUGGUCCUCAGCCAGUGACAUUUCAACCCUGGAGAACCAGGAGGCUAUCUCAUCAGAGACAUCCACCAUAGAUGCGUUAUAUGUGGAGAGGAGACAGAAUGUAGACCUGCUAAGUCCCACAGAGAGCCUCAACUUGACCAAAGGAGGGGAUUUGAUCAACUCAACUCUACGAGGACUGGACUUCUCCGAGGGGACCUGUCGCCAGGUCAUCAUCCUAGAGAGUAACCUGAGUGUCCCAGCACAGAAGCUCUACCAUGCCAAAAGAGAGGCAGAGCCUGUCACCACUGUUGAGUCUAGAGGUCCAAACAUCUCAUUUACCGAGUUUGGAGGACAUGAUGGGAUUAACGAGAGAGAGCAGGAAAAGGAGGAGGAAGAGGUUGAGGUGGUAGCACCUAAGGAGAACCCCUUUUUCAAGCUGCGCUCCUCAACAAAUUUAGUUAAAGUGGAGCAGGAUAUCCGGGAGACUCAAGAGAGGGAGAAGGAGCUUCGGAAGCAGAGGAUCAGCCUGUAUGGGGAAACGGGCAGAGCAAAAGGAGGAGAAGGAGGGGGAGGAGGGAGGCCAGCCAUCAUUGAAGCAAAGAGUCCCACAUUGUCUUCCUCCUCACUGAAUGGACUGGCUGUUCCUGACAUACCUGGCUCAUCACCCAGGAGGGGAGCUGGACCCUCAGCAGCACACCAGUCAGAUGCCAGGUUGGGCACGUGGCCUCCGGCUAAGGUUGAAGAGGAGAGUACUACCCGGCAAGAGGUCCUCCAGAGUCCCAGGACCCCCAGACAGAAGACCCCUUUAGUACAGCGCUGGGAGUCAGGCCUGGUUAAUGGACACAACAAGGAAGACAACUGAGGAGAUGCUGACAUAGCAAACUGAGGGAGAUGGGAAGGUUUACAGUGACCUGUAGUUUUUGAAGUUAAGGGUUGAAAGACUAUCAGAUAAAAGAGGAGAGUUGUGUACGGAAAGUGGGAACAGACAAGAGGAGGGAUCAGUGAUGAAGAGGAGGAAAGAUUGAAAAUGUGAAAUAAGAAAGGGGUCCUGGAUUUAGGGCUAGAAACGGGGUCAGGAGGAUUGGGAGCAAUGAAAAAGUUUGGUGGUGGACUGAAAACCCUAAAAGGAGUUCUUCAGGGAGGAGGAGAGAAAGAGAGGAGGAUGGGGGCCACCUAUUAGUGGAUGAGCACCUGGCCUGCUUCUGGUGCUGGAAACUACUACCGAAACUAAUGAAUGUAAAAUGGCACAACAGUAACAAUAAUAAUAACAACUAUUAUUAUUAUUAUUAUUAUUAUUAUUAUUAUUAUUUGUAUGCACUGGAGAAAAGAAACAUGUAAAUUUAAUAAGAAUGGGAUUUUAAAACUUUAAUGAUAAACUAUUGGAUUUUUGUAAUAUUAAUUAGUUAUUAUUUGUUGAUGAAAGUAGAUAGGGUGUCUUCACCAGUUUUGAUGAUGUAUUACAAUUAGUUAUUACACCUGUACAAUCUAAUGCAAUCCAGUACGAUAGCCAUGCACUAAUCCAACCUUUGUGUAGGUCACUCUUUUCAUUUUCUAUUGACACUGUCAGAGCGUUGUUGAAUGGAGUUGUUGGUCAUUUCAGAGGCUGUGUUAGUGGUGGGGUUGUUUUUGACUGCAUUAACUAGAUCUUUUUCCAGUACAUUUACAUACAUGAAGAGGCAGAACAUAACAACUCCCAAUAAGUGCAAAUUCGAUAACAACUACAACUUUGGAAAUGCAACUUCACAGAGACAGUUUACUGUAGGGUUAUUUUAUUUGAUCAUAUUGUUGGUGUUUUCAUUAUAAACUGGUAAGGCUAUUGCAAAGGUCUUAAUCCAUGAAUAGCUACUCCUUCUGUUACUUUCAUGCAUCGCUACUGAAAGCUGGAUUAUAGUGCAAUAAGGAACCGUCUUAAAAGAAGUGCAAAGGAUUGCCGAGCUGAAUGAUGCUACAUAAUACAAACCUAAUGCUUAAAUAAUAGCUGCUCUGUUGUAAGAUUUGUAACGUGGUGCAAUAAAUUAUGUACGUUGGAACAAAACUUGAUGCACAUAUAAAGGUUUGUCCCCUUUAUUCCUUUAUAUUUGGUUCAGACUGAGUCAGUGUACAGUCAGUGUUAUUGUACUAACUCAUCUACCACAACAAUCCAAGAUUAAAGUCGUUGGGGUGGGAUGAAAGCCAAAAUGAAGCCAUGUCAGUUCUGUAACCAUGUGCUCUUCCCAGUUUCUCUUAACACAAUGCUUUUCUUUUUUUCUCUCUUUUUUUUUGACAUUGGCUUUAACACAUCAGUGGCUUUACUUCAUCAGUAUUUCAUGAUUAAUGUGUUAUACUGGCUAUUUAUGUACAAAUAAUGCAUAUAAUCCUUUUGACUGCCAAAGAGUCAUUCACAUGCAAAGAAAUGUACAUUAUCUUAUCCUACCCUAGUGACAGUACUUACUGUAUUUUUAAGUUCAGAGAGGUAUAACUUCCUGUUAGAACUGACACUAGUCACAGGAUGUUUUCGCCACAAGAUAAAUGUCACAGAUCCUUUGAACAAUUACUACCUGCCUUAUGUGCCGUCUUUAUUUGGGUCCGUCACACUGUCAGUGGUCAAAGAGAAAUGUGUCACCAUGGAUACAGGUUUGGAAGAUGCUGCGUAAAACGUCCCGC